AUGAUUCACUCCUUCAUGACCUCUUCGUCAUCGUCUCUUUCGGAGCGAAUCAAACAGGACAGACAAGGCUUGAUCAGCAAUCCACUCUCUCUCAUGACUGCUCUUCAUAAUGAAUUCAAAAUCAUCUCUGACAAGGGAAAGCAGAUUGAACAAUUAUUUCAUCAAAAAUUGUUGGAUCCAAAUACUGGCGUGUUCCGAGAUGUUUCUCGUGUGAUGGAGUUGACUAAUGCUCGUACCGAUGCCAGUGAGAAUAUUGAGGCGUCGGAGCCAGUCAAGGUCGUUCAUCCGAGCCAAGUUGAUAUUGCUGUGGUGGAGAACAACAGUUCAACAUCUGCUCCCUCAUCGACUACUGAGUCUGAUCCAGCAACAUCACCAUUAAUGAUGAUCAAACAGUUUGUAGAAACCUGUAGUAGUGAAACACAAGUCUUUUCUUCGGAAUCCAUUUCCUCUAUUAAGGACAUGACACAGAAACUUUUAUCUUGCUUUGAUCAAUUGAAAGAUCACAUGAAAGAUGAUGGCGAUUCGAUGAUUCCUAGUGGAUGUUUGUUUAGCUUGGUAGCAUGUUGUGUGGCAGCCUUAUUGAGGGAAAUUGAAAAUAAUGCUAAGAAGGAAUGGCAAGCGUUCUAUGGAGAUGUCAAACAAACCAUUCAAGAAUUUUAUACUGAGUUAACGGGAUCAGUCAUGGAGGCCUUUUCCAAAUUGAAGGAAAUCACUGUGGCAACCUUCAAGGAAAUCCAACAAACGAUUCUAAAAACCAUGGAAUGUGCAAAAGGAUUCACCAAAGAAGUGAUUACUGAGACAGAACAAAUUUCAGAGAGACACUUAUUGGGCCUCCUCAGUAUGAAUAAUAUUCUGAAAAGUCUAAAAGAAAAGAAUUUUUUAACCUCACAAUUUGAACAGCUUCAUGUGGAAUUCAAACAAGUCUUAAAUCACUUUUCCACUUCAUUUGUGACUGGACUGGUACAGGGCAUGUUGAAACCUGUCGUUAAAUUUACAAAAAAUAUUGGAGACAUUGUGAAAGAGUUGUUGAGCUCUUCAUUGAAUGCCAUGAUUCAGCUUUUUGAGAAAUUUGUGGAAUUGGUAAAAUCGACUCCGGACCGUGUGAAGAACAUUUUCGACUUUUCCCAUCAUUGUGUGGCUGCAUUGUGUUUGAGCAAACCUCAAGAAUUGAUUGAUCAAACUGUAGAUUCUGCUAAAAAAUUGCUCUCGUCUGUGCCUCUAGAAAAUAUAGUCGGUGCACUCAAAGCUUUGAAAGAGUUCGUUGAGAAACAGUUUUCGAAAGGGAACGUUGUGAGUGAAUAUGCAGAACAACUGAAAGAGGUUACAAGUGAAAUUUCCAUUGCCAUUCAUGAACAAAACUCUUUGCUGACAAAAUUGGAUUCUAAUUUGGAUGAUAUCAAAAAGAUCGUCGCUGAGAUUGAAGAGAAGGGAGUGAAUUCUAUUGUGGAUAAGGCAGAACAUGUGAUUGACAAGGUGACAGAUGUGCUUCAUGUACCAUCACCGAUCCCCUUAAUCAAAAAACUUUUUUAG